AUGGCUGACACCAAGGAAAAGGACGCUAACGUCACGGUCGAUAUCCGCAAGGAAAUUGACAUUAUCACUGAUUCGGAAAGCACCACUAGUUCUUCGUUCGAGAAAAAUCCAUUUUUGGACCCUGUUGUUGCCGAACAUUACAGAGAAGUCUACGAGAAAGCCCAGUACGAAUGUCGUAGCGCUUUUGACCCAGAAUUUGAGUGGGAACCACAGGAAGAAAAAAAGCUUAUCAGAAAGUUGGAUUUUCGUGUUGCAUUUACGGCAUGUUUGAUGUUCCUCAGUUUGCAAGUUGAUAGAGGAAAUCUCUCCCAAGCUGUUUCGGAUAACUUGUUAGAUGAUUUGAAAUUGACAACCAAUGACUUUAACACUGGUAAUACUAUUUUCUUAGUGUGCUUUCUCUUGGCUGAAAUUCCUUCCCAGCUUAUCUCCAAAGCAUUGGGUCCUGAUAUUUUCAUCCCAUUUCAAAUUUGUGCUUGGAGUAUUGUUGCUAUGAGUCAAGGUGCCUUGCAGGGCAAGGCUUCUUUCUACGCAACUAGAGCUUUGAUUGGAAUGCUUGAAGGUGGGUUUAUUGCAGACUUGGUUUUGUGGUUGAGUUACUUCUACAAGAGUAAUGAAUUGCCUAUUAGAUUGUCAUGGUUCUGGACCACUUUAUCUUUGUGUGAUAUUGGUACCUCUUUGGCUGCCUUUGGUUUGCUUCGUCUUCGUGGCCAUCAUGGUCUUGCUGGUUGGAGAUGGUUAUUUAUUAUUGAAGGUGCCUUUACUUUGACUAUUGGUUUGUUGUCCUUCUACUUGAUGGUUCCUUCUGCGUUGCAAACAAAAAGCUGGAUGCACCCUAAGGGCUGGUUCAAUGAGCGCGAAGAAAAGAUAGUGGUCAACAGAGUUUUGAGAGACGAUCCAUCCAAGGGUGAUAUGCACAACAGACAGGCUUUAUCGCCCAGGAUGAUCUGGAAGGCUUUGUCCGAUUACGAUUUAUACCCUCUUUAUGCAAUUGGUUUACUUGCUUAUGCCCCAACAUCUACCGUGAGUGCGUAUAUGACUCUUACAUUGAAACAGUUGGGUUUCUCUACAUUCAACACUAAUUUGUUGACUAUCCCAUCCAGUGUUCUUCAUAUUAUCCUCUUGUUGGCUAUUACUUGGUUAUCGGAAAGAGUCAAUCAAAGGGCUUUGGUCUCUUUGGCUGUCCCCCUUUAUACUGUUCCUUUGAUGGGUAUUCUUGCGUUCUGGAGCGAGUCUAUGUCGAAUGCUUGGGGUACUUGGGCAGUGUUGACCGUGCUCUUGGGUGUUCCUUACAUCCAUGCCAUUGUUGUCGCCUGGGUUUCAAGAAACUCGUACGCUAUUAGAAAUCGGUCUGUGGCAAGUGCGACUUAUAACAUGGCUGUACAAUUGGGUAACAUCUAUGCUAAGAAUAUCUAUAGACAAGAUGAUAAACCAUUGUACAGAAGGGGUAAUAGGCAAUUGUUCAUUUUGGCUAUUGCUUUGUUCCCAUUGCUUCUUCUCGUAAAGGCAUACUACAUAUACAGAAAUAAGCAAAAGGAUACGAUCUGGAAUGCCAUGACAGCAGAAGAAAAAGACGACUAUAUGAAGAACAGUACUGAUGAAGGCAAUAAGAGAUUGGACUUCAGAUUUGCUCACUAGUAUUAGUUCGUGGUUUUCUUUGUCGAGCAUCAACUUGCUACUUUCAAUUCCUGCGCGUGAUUUGCUAUAUAGAUAUAUAGGUGAUUUAAUUAUUAUUAAUUUACUGGCUACACCUCGUGGUCG